GGAGGUCGGUUCAUCUGUAGGGGUUUGGGGUCAGGCAUUGCUUUGGGUCGGUCCUUCGUGUUACCAGGCAGAUCGAGUCCCAACAUGGCGGCAGCGGUUAGCGAAGAGGAGACGCAGUUGCAAGAGAUGGAGGAAGAGGCGGGGGCGUCAGCGGCUGUCGAGGAAGAGAAGGAGCUGGAGUCCGAAGACGAGGAAGAAAUGGGACCCGAUGGUUCUGAUGCAGAGGGAGACGAGUCCUCGGAUGACGAAAAAGAAAACCAAGCGGAGAUCCAGCGUUUGGAGGAGCAGCUGUCCAUCAAUGCAUUUGAUUACAACUGCCAUGUGGACCUGAUUAAGCUACUGCGCCAGGCAGGGGAGCUGGUGAAACUACGCCGGGCUCGGCAGAAAAUGAGCGAGCUCUUCCCGCUCACUGAAGAAAUCUGGCUGGCCUGGCUGAAGGAUGAGAUUCGCAUGGCAGAGGAAGAGUCUGACCGAGAGAAAGUGUACGAGCUCUUUGAGAAUGCGGCCAAGGAUUAUAUCUGUCCUGAAAUCUGGCUGGAGUAUGCACAGUACUCUAUUGGGGGGAUUGGAAGUCAAGGGGGGAUAGAGAAGGUACGGGAAAUCUUUGACAGGGCUCUGACUGCUGUGGGGCUGCACAUGACCAAGGGAGCAGCUAUCUGGGAAGCCUACAGGGAGUUUGAGAAUGCCAUUCUGGGAACUUUACAGCCAGCACCAGGUAGCGUUCCCACUCCAGAACAGCAGGAGGUGCUGAACGCACAGCUGAACCGAAUCCACACACUGUUUCGACGGCAGCUGGCUAUCCCUUUCCUAGAUAUGGAGGUCACAUAUGCAGAGUAUGGAGAAUGGUCAGACAAGCCCAUUCCAGGCUCCGUUACUCAACUUUAUAAGAAGGCACUACAGCAGAUGGAGAAAAGCAAGCCGUAUGAGGAGGCCUUGCUUGUAGCUGAGCCACCCAAGCUUGCUGAAUACCAGACCUACAUUGAUUAUGAGUUGAAGGAAGGGGACCCGGCUCGAAUUCAGACCAUCUUUGAACGGGCAGUGGCUGAGAACUGCCUUGUGCCUGACAUGUGGGCCAAACUGACCCAGUACCUGGAUAGACAGUUGAAGAUUAAAGACUUGGUGCUCUCCUCUCACGACCGGGCUGUUAGGAACUGUCCUUGGACGGUGGGACUCUGGAAGAGUUACCUUCUCGCUUUGGAAAGGCAUGGAGCUGAACAUAAAACUGUGUCAGAUAUCUUUGAAAAAGCCCUGAAUGCUGGCUUCAUCCAAGCAACAGACUACGUGCAUAUCUGGCAGGCGUACCUUGACUACCUUAGAAGGCGAGUGGAUUUCAGCAAAGAGUCCAGUAAGGAGCUGGAGGAGCUCAGGUCUGCGUUCGCUCGGGCUCUUGAUUACAUGAAGCAGGACGUGGAGGAGCGUUUUGGUGAAAGCGGCGACCCCUCUUGUAUGAUAAUGCAGAACUGGGCAAGGGUGGAGGCAUUACACUGUAAAAACAUGCAGAAGGCCAGGGAACUGUGGGAUAGCAUCAUGACAAAAGGGAACGCCAAGUUUGCCAACAUGUGGCUAGAGUACUACAAUCUAGAGAGGUGUCACGGGGAUGCACAGCACUGCAGGAAGGCUUUGCUUCGAGCUGUCCAGUGCACCUCUGACUACCCUGAACACGUGUGUGAGGUCCUCCUUUCCUUCGAGAGGGUGGAGGGUACUCUAGAGGACUGGGACACGGCUGUGCAGAAAACGGAAACCAAACUGUCCAGAGUCAGAGAGCAGAGAGCCAAAGAUACAGAGAAAGAAGCUCUCCUUGCCAAGCAGGAGGAGGAAAAGGCUGAGCAGAAGAGGAAGAAGAAAGCACAGAAAAAGAAAGCGGGGCGAGCUGGAGAGAAGAGGAAGGCUGAGGAGGAGGAGGAGGAUGAUGAGGAUGAGUGGGGAGAUGAGUCAGAACAACCCGCCAAGAAGCUCCGGGGUGAGGGGGAUGAGACGAUGGAGACAGAGAGUGGGAUGUUCAGUCGGAAGGCUCCCUUCCAGAAGACCUCACAAGUGCCUGCAGCUCAGAAAGCCAGGGCUGCAGCCAGGCCAGCCCAGCAGGUCCCCCACGACAGCCGCAAGGACCAUUUGAGCGUCUUUGUAAGCAACCUGCCCUUCAGCUUGGAGGACCCUGAGCAGAAGCUGCGGGACGUUUUUCAGAGCUGCGGGCCCAUUGAGCAGGUCCGCCCAAUCUACAACCCCCAGGGCACCUUCCGCGGGUACUGCUACGUGCAGUUUGAGAGCCAGAUCUGUGUGCAGGAAGCGCUGAAGCUGGACCGGAAGGAGAUAGAUGGCAGGCCCAUGUUUGUCUCGCCCUGUAUUGACAAGAACAAGAACCCAGACUUCAAGGUGUUCAAAUACAGCACUUCUCUUGAGAGACACAAGAUCUUCAUCUCUGGCCUGCCUUUCUCUUGCACUAAAGAACAGCUGGAGGGGAUGUUCAAAGAACACGGCACAGUCAAAGAUACCCGGCUGGUCACUAACCGUUCUGGGAAGCCAAAGGGCCUGGCAUAUGUGGAGUUUGAGAACGAAGCGCAGGCCUCCCAUGCGGUGCUGAAGAUGGACGGGACGGUGUUCCAGAAUCACACCCUGAAUGUGGCCAUCAGUAACCCGCCCCGGAGGAACCUCUCAGACAAGCCCGAGUCCAGCAAGGCGAUGGGAUCCAUGAUGCCACCACAGGUCUUUGGAGUAAGAGGGAGGGGUCGCACACAGCUGUCUCUGCUACCGAGAGCAUUGCAUCGUCAAAGUGCCCCAGAGUCGAAGACAGAGAACGGGACACUGCAGAGCCGAUCUGGAGAGCCUGUGCAAGAGACCUCAGCGACAGCACCACAGAAACAGAUGUCCAAUGCGGACUUCUCCAGAUUAUUAAUGAAGAAGUAACAGGUGGACGUUGACAGGGCUCAGCCUAGAGGAGCAACGAGAAAACUGCCUUUUACGGAAACCAUAUUGUGUCCUUAAUGAAAAGAAAAACAUUUCUGAUGUAAAUAUUUCAAAACCCCUAUAGCCAAUUCUAUGAAAAAAGGCUUAGUUAGCCAGGGCUCCAUAGAUACCGAAACCAGGUCAGAGGGGGUACGAUAGAGCUGCUGGGGCAGGGCGGAACAGUGUGGCUAGUAUUAGAGAUUGGUAAACCUGGAAAAGCCGAGGAUUGGAUGUGUUUUACUUUAAACUCAAUUCGGAGUAAGUGAAAACCAGAUCCAUUUCAAAUCUGGUUUUAUUCCCCUUGUGUUUUGGUUUCUUAAGCAGUUCUUGUUAUCGUUUGCAUUUUUUUAAUGGCAGAGAAUUUUAAAGGGGAAAAUCCAAUCUGACUUUUCUGUGCUGGAUUUUGUUUGGGGGAAAAAAAAAAAAAAAAAAUUAGUUUGAUGUUUAUUGAAGUAGAGCCUUGACUCUGGGGCCACUGAAGUGGCUACAUUGCACAGAUCCAGCAAUGUGCGAGGGGAAAUUGCUGCAUGGAGGCAGGCUUGCGAUUUCUUUUUUUUUUUUUUUUAUACAGAAACCAGUGUUUUAUUAGCUCUUUGCGUAUGAAAUGUGAAUAUUUAAGAGUGCAUCAGUGUAAGCUUACCUAUCUCUUACUGUAAUUCUGCAAAAACAAAAUAAGGUUGAAGAGAAAAAUGCUAAUUCAAUUUUUAUCCCCUAUUUCCUAAGCUCAUUAGUUUCCAGUUUUGUGCCCUACAUUUACAUGCCGUUAUGUAGGACUGUGUUAAAAAAAGUAAUGCAUUAAUACCCUUACUCCUGCCCACUUAGAAGGCAAGCAUGCUUGAUUAAAAGGGGGAACCUUCUUCAACACAGUUUCAAAUGCUACCUUAUUUCGUCAUUUGCUACUUUGUAUUGGUAUACUAGUUACAGGCUGAUGUUUUUUUGAAGCCUUUCCAUUAGAAUCCAGUGUCCAGGCUGGUGAUGAGAUCUCUCACAUUGAGGGUGUUUAUUUAAAAUGUAUUAGUCUUUGUUAAGUAAUUAGUAUUGCAGAGGUACAAUCCCAGCAAGGGCCUCUUAAUAUGAAUGCUGUCAGUAUAAAUGGAAGCGAGCGAGUUCUACCAUGCAUGGUUUCCUGAGCUUUCCUGGAGAUAUAGCCAAUUGUUUUGAAGCUUUUCCUAGAAGAAAUUGUGGAAUGGCUUCAUAGCUAGCCUUUUUUGUUUUAUUAAAGAACACUUUUAGAGUCUGUUUGAAUCGGGUGUUCAGUGCUCGCUUGGUUGGCUGUAGUUUUGUAUAGCAUUUAAAUGUUUUAAAAAGGAGAAAGGACAAAUUAAGCAAUUUGCUAACUAGUGACAUUUCACCGCAGUGGCCUAUUUUUUUAGUAAAAACUAAAUAAAAGAAAACAAAUAACGCUUAUGUUUGUUGUUCGACGUUCCGUAUAAGAGGGUGAUAUUCAAAUUGUAUUAAUGUUUGAAAAUGAAACUUUUUUUUCCUCCUUUUGUAUUUAAAUAUAUUGGUCCAUUUGUUUUGUGUUGACCUUGAUGUUAAGAAGCAUACCGGCAACCUAAUUAUGAAUUUAUUUACUUUUUCUUUUUUUUUUUUUUUUUAAAUGUGCCAACUGGGCAAGUGUACAGGGACCGUUUUUUAAGUGUGUAACACCCCCCCCCCCCCCCCCCCCCCAAUUU